GGUUGGCUGCGGCCUGAUGGAUGCUCGAGGGCGGAGUGAACUCAGAAUUCUCAGUGUGUUCUGCCGGAGCCCAAGUACAGAGACCAUAUUUACAGGUCCAUGUGACAGCUAUGAGUGGACUUUUAAAGGGGACGCUUGAAGAAGCUGACAGCGCCUCACUCUGCUCCUCUGUGCGGGAAUCAGAUGAUGAUGUUUUUAGCUGUGACAGUGCUGAGAGUCUUGAUAGUGUCAGUUUGUCCACACCUGAUCAUUUACCCAUGCAUCUGGAAGGAUAAUUUUGUUUCAUUCUUCCUCAUGGUAUAUGUCCCCCACAUCUCUAAUGGAAUGGGUCUAGAGGGGGCAGAAUUGAAUCGGAGAAAAAAAUAAGAAGAUAUCAACAGACUGAAAAAGUAUUUUCAGAAGCAUAGACUUUACAAAAGAUCCUGCAGUUCAUGAGGCCACAAGUGUCCAAAACCCCACAGCAAUCUCAUUCAGUAACCCGGUGAGAAACUGGCCUUCCAUUCCAGCACAAAAGCUCCCCCUCCGUCAGUAAGGUACAUGCGACGACGAGGCUGCAGCUAUGAGUGGAAUUUUAAAGAGGAAGUUUGAAGAUGUUGACGCCUCCUCACCCUGCUCCUCUGUCCGGGAGUCAGAUGAUGAAGUCUCCAGCAGUGAGAGCGCUGACAGCGGGGAUAGUGUCAAUCCAUCCACCUCUAAUCACUUCACCCCUUCCUCCAUCCUUAAAAGAGAGAAGCGGCUGAGGACGAAGAAUGUGCACUUCAGUUGCGUCACCGUGUACUACUUCACCAGGAGGCAGGGCUUCACCAGUGUGCCCAGCCAGGGGGGCAGCACCCUGGGCAUGUCCAGCCGCCACAACAGUGUGCGCCAGUACACCCUGGGCGAGUUCGCAAGGGAGCAGGAACGGCUGCACCGGGAGAUGCUGAGAGAACACCUCAGGGAGGAGAAGCUCAACUCUCUAAAGCUAAAGAUGACUAAGAAUGGCACAGUAGAAUCGGAAGAAGCUAGCACUCUGACGGUGGAUGACAUUUCCGAUGAUGACAUUGAUUUAGACAACACAGAAGUAGAUGAAUACUUCUUCCUACAACCCCUGCCCACAAAAAAACGGAGAGCCCUGCUGCGUGCCUCUGGUGUGAAGAAGAUUGAUGUGGAAGAAAAACAUGAGCUGCGAGCCAUCCGCCUGUCUCGGGAGGACUGUGGCUGUGACUGCAGAGUGUUCUGCGACCCAGAAACAUGUACCUGCAGCCUGGCAGGCAUUAAGUGUCAGGUGGAUCGUAUGUCUUUCCCAUGUGGCUGCACUAAAGAAGGCUGUAGUAACACAGCAGGUAGAAUUGAAUUUAAUCCUAUCCGUGUCCGGACUCAUUUUUUGCACACAAUAAUGAAACUUGAACUCGAGAAAAACCGAGAGCAGCAAAUCCCCACGCUGAACGGCUGCCAUGGUGAGAUAAGCGGCCACAGUACUUCCAUGGGUCCCGUCUCUCACUCUGUAGAAUAUUCCAUCGCAGACAAUUUUGAGAUUGAAACCGAACCGCAGGCCGCAGUGCUGCACCUGCAGGAGGAAUUAGAUUGCCAAGGAGAGGAGGAGGAAGAGGAGGAAGAUGGAAGCAGUUUCUGCAGCGGAGUCACUGACUCGAGCACACAAAGCCUGGCCCCCAGCGAGUCAGAUGAGGAGGAAGAGGAAGAGGAGGAGGAAGAGGAAGAGGAGGAGGAGGAUGACGAUGACGACAAGGGGGAAGGCUUUGUAGAAGGGCUUGGAGCCCAUGCUGAAGUCGUCCCUCUUCCUUCUGUUCUCUGUUACUCUGAUGGCACCGCCGUUCACGAAAGCCACACAAAAAACGCUUCGUUUUACGCUAGCUCUUCAACUCUGUACUACCAAAUUGAUAGCCACAUCCCAGGAACUCCUAGCCAGAUCUCUGACAACUAUCCUGAAAGAGAUACUGUCAAAAAUGGUGCCCUUUCGCUGGUGCCUUACACCAUGACCCCAGAGCGAUUUGUUGACUAUGCCAGACAAGCAGAGGAGGCCUACGGGGCCUCCCACUACCCAGCUGCCAACCCUUCCGUCAUUGUCUGCUGCCCCACUUCUGAAAACGAUAGCGGGGUGUCCUGUAACACCUUAUACCCUGAACACAGGCCCAAUCUUCCCCAAGUGGAAUUUCACUCCUACUUGAAAGGCCCUCCCCAGGAAGGGUUUGUCUCCACGUUGAAUGGCAACAGCCACGUUUCAGAGCAUCCUGCAGAAAAUUCUCUGAGCCUUGCAGAAAAGAGCCGAUUGCACGAGGAGUGCAUCAAAUCCCCCGUGGUGGAGACCGUCCCUGUUUAGUUGCUCAAAUUAGUCUAUUAUAGGACCAAGUCUUCUUCUAUUUAAGACACUAUUGCGUUUGCUGGGCUCAUCAUUCUUUAGCCUGAAGACCAAGAAAGUGUGGCCUGUGAUUAAUCUUCCAGACAGUGUUUCUUUCCCUUCUUUCUAGCUUCCCAACUGUGGUGUGGCACAAAUAAAAUACAGUCGCUGUGGGGAUUUUAAACGAUUUUGAACUGUUUUGAUAGAAAAUGCUAAAUUUUACAAAAAAAUGCAUAUCUCACAGUUGCCUACCUGUCAAACUGUGUGAAACCUGCCAAGCUAUGCAGAUCAUAGCUCCAAGUUUUAGGUUAUCGGGCCUGUGCAAGAUUGUUAACUAAGCCUAGAAAAUAACCAGAUUUAGAGUCCUAAUUUUCGAUAUAUCUGAAGAUGAUGGUGACUUUUUAAUGUAAAAGUAAUUAUUGUAAGAAAAAGAUUGAAUCGUUUCUUGUGUAUUUUAUUUAUGGUAGUUUAGAAGUCCUGCUUUGAUGAAAAUGAACAGCAUGUUCAUUGAAGCUGCGGUUGCAUUAGCUAGCAAUACAGAGCAUGCCCAGGAGGAUCGCACCUGGAACCCGCCCACAUUUUUAUGAUCUUGAUUAAGCAGAUUUGCAAAUACUUUCUUAAGGACGACAUAGGCCUAUUUUUGCUAUUUGGGACAAAUAAGUCUAUAUGUGCAGGUCCUUAACGCAGUUUUCUCUGAAGUUAAGAGUUAGGACAAUCCUCUGGUGAGGGUCCAGUUCACUGCCCUCCCUCCGCUGAGAAAGAUGGAAUUGCCUUUCUUUUAAACAGUGUCAUCAUGUUUUUCAGCUUAGCCAGCACCUUUAAACUCCACCCCCUCCAUCAAAAUGCACUUUAGUGCCCCUUCAUGGUACCUCGUGUGGGGUGGGGUCUCAGUACACUUUCAAAUCAAGGUUUGUUUGUUUUUUUAUUAUAAAAAAAAGUUAACCAGUGUAAGGUUCAUACAAUAAAGAUAAUAGGGGAUACUUUCAAUGGUAUGAAGGAAAAUGACUUGUUUUCCUUCACCAUUCUGAGGACCUAACUCAGUAACAUAGAGGAGGCUGGGAAGGAAAACAGAAGAGCACAGCCUCAGAAAUCAAUCUGUUCUACACGGCGAUCAACCCAUCUCUACAAAAGCAGAUACGUGCCAUAAGAUUUCCACUUAGUGACUAGCUGAUUGAAGGCAGACCUGGACUCACAUACGCAUGAGGCCUUACUUUUCCGAAGCGUUUAUAUUGGUCUUACCUAGGACAGUGAGCACCACAGUCCAGAAUGCAUUGCAAAGGCGCUCACUUCACGUUCUCUUAGUAAAGGGAGUGCAUGGAAAGGAAACUUCCACUGUCUGCCUCUGGCUUGCCUACUUGGUGCCCAGGAGGACUCCGAGCAACCCCUUUUUCUGUAAGCUUAAGUAACUAUAAGGAUGAGUGCUAUGGUUUCCCCCGUGCAAUGAUUAGGCUGAAUCCAUUUCCCAGUCUUGACAUUCUAUUGUUACAUCAUUUCACAAGUUUUAUGACUAUUUAAAAUGUAGACACACCCUGCUAUGUAGCAACUGCAUCCCUCAUGUUUUUUAUGCCUCCUGGACCUGGGCAUUAAUCUUACAGAUUUUAGUUCCUUACAACAUACUGUCUUAUUUGAUCAGACUCCAAUGUGCUUAGAGUCCUCCAGUGAGGAGGAGUCUGUAUUUAAGCUCAAUGUGGGGAAAGUGUGUUUGCUUGUAGAAUUGGUUCCUACCCAUCUCUACACCACCUCAAGGCCAAAUCAACACUAAUUAUUAUUAGCAUGAAAAGCACUUUGAGUUUGUCAUGCUCUAGAGAGCAUCAGUGGGGUGUAGACCAGCUUCUUUUGGUUGAUUGGCGGGACUAAUCUGAUGGAAGUGUGCUCUGACUAUGGUAGUGUGACCAGAGUUAUCUGCAGUGUUGCCCUUUGUAGUGUUUGAUCUCCAGUUUCCCUGACCCCUGCCUACACAAUCUGAAGAGCAGGGACUCAAAGAGAAAAUGACAAUAGGCUAUUGUUCCUUCAUUCAAGCAAAUGGAAAAUUUUCACUAUUGCUGGGCCAUUCCAACCUCUGGGAGUAUUGACUGGUAAGGCAGCCUCAGGCUAUUCUUAUGACAGAGUGUGGGGAGGCACAGGGAAACCCUAACUAGGAUAGAGUUGAAGGGGGUAAUGAUAGUCCAGUUCCUGAACCCUUAGAUAUGUUCAUUUCAGUCCAACUUUAUGUUACAAGGCUUAAACCCUGCCUUUUUGUGUUUGACUGGGUUUCUCUUUUGCAGCUUUAUUUUUCCCAGAAGGACACUUCAAAAACAGAGCUUCCUUCCUCUCUGUAUUCAGUUGGGGUGGAAAGUCUCACUCUGCUAAGGAUAAUUACCUUUCUGAACGUGAAAGCAACCAUUCCAAUUCUUCACAUACCAAAGUAAGGCACAGGCAUUUCUCACAAAUCAUAAUAGGUACAGGCUACCUAUUUUAACAACAACAACCUACAUACUUUAUCUGUUAUACACACACAAAUACAGAAUACACAUGUACACAUAACCUAGACUGCGACAGAUUUUAGGCAAUAGUUAGUAAUGAGUACUGGAUAGUUAGUUCUUCCAGUACAAUCAGGCUGUGUCUUAUCUAAAAAUAUAGAAGAAAAUUUUGACAGCACUUGAUAGACAAUACUGGGUUAAAGUUACAAAUAGUGAUAAUGAGGAAUAAUCUCUUUUAUCUUCCUUGCCCGGUAAAAACUGAGAACACAAUGAUUCCUCUGUAUUUUUCUUUCCGUUAAUAGACCUAUUCAAUAAAAAUCUGCCCACAUGCAAGGCAAGUGCUACAGUGAUUUCUGGUUUUCAAAGGGAGGGAUGUAGUUGGAUGCAGCCAGGUUGAGACACUUUGCGCCUUUGCACCAAGGCACAAUGAUACGACCUGCAGUUAUUGCCUUGCUUCUAUAGUAUAUCUAACCAAUUUGAGUCUUUCUGUGUGCACAGCUCCCAAGUCUUGCACUGUCAAAGGCAAGGCCCCAGUGCUCCAGUCCCUAUUGUUUUAAAGAUUUGAUUCCCAGCUAUACUGGCCAAACUGAUUUGCAAGUCAAGUGGUCUGAUCAGCCUCAUCUCCUUUAUCUAUUUUUUUAAUUUCAUUGGUAAAAAGAAAUCAAAGACCAUUUUAAGUCUCCCCGAAGCCCCACCCACCAUGUAUUGACCAUUAACUGUUAAAAUCCAAUUGUCUCUUUUCUUUUAGUAGAUUGAAUAAUAUACUUCUUAGAUACAGUUUUUGUGGAGAAAUUAUGGUUUUCUCAUCAUGUCAUGCCAACCACAUAUAAAAAUCCAACAUUCUCCCUGGAGUGAUGAAAUCUGUAUAAUCACAUGACCCAGCGGUCUCCUCUGGUGUGCUCCUACAAAGCAGUACCAGUUAUAGAAACCUGCCACAUUUCUCAAGAUGGGCAGAGGUUAUGCUGAUUCCAUUCUAGGCAAAUUUUGAUUUAGUUUUCAUUAAACAACAAUGCAAUUUAUUUCCUAAUUGAUAUCUCACUUUUUAACUGUUACCUUUUACAAGCUCUUAAUAACUUAGUGUUGAUCUUUAGAAUAUAUUAAAUAUCCAUUUUUCUUUUAACAAAUGUUUAUUGGGCACCUCCUAUGUUAUAACAGCUGGCGUGGUAGCAAAAUGAGCAGGGGAACUGUGUAUUUGGCAGGAUGAGGAUAAUGGGCAGGUGGCAUGAGAUGGCCAAGCCAGGUCAGAUCCAUUUACAUAGAAUCCAGUGCCCUGUUGGAAACACUGUCAUCAAUUCUUCUCAUUCCACACAAACUGCUUCUAAAAGGAGAUGGUUUUCCCUAAAUUAAUGGAACUUACCGCAUUCCCCUGAAACUUAGGAAAUAAAUUUGGAUUCAGAGAAAAGGUGUUCAUUGAGCUGUUUCUUGGUUGCAGAGCUAUCUAAGAAAAUGUCAUAUGCAUGCCACUAAACUCCCACCAGUUUUGAUGAAUACAGAACCCAGCAAUGUGGGACAUGACCGUCUUACUCAUUUUACAAACAGACUUUUAAAAUGGUGGACCCCUGCACCAAAGGUAUCGCCAGAAGCAGCUAGACAAUGAGAAGGGUCGUUAGUGACCCCUCCUUUCAGCUGUAGUUACAAUCCAGUGACAGUUUAGAGUCAUUAUAGUUGACAAAUAAGAUGACAAGUGUAAAUGGAAGACACCAUUAUGCUUUCAAGGUCAAAAUGACCAUAACUUGAAAUUGUAACUAUUUGUCGUAUUGUUGCCAUGACCGACACUCAAAGUGCAAAGUUCGAUCACUUCUACUCCUAUUACAAAAUUGAAAUUUCUUACUUUAUCCUUUUCCAAGAACUGUGAACUUUUGUUGGAGUCACUUAAAUGUCACAGCUUUGCACCAACAGUUCAGCUCAUUGGAUAUUUUUGGUAGUGUGACAGACUUUAAUUGACUGAAGAACCACAAUUUGAGAACUCACUAAAACUGUAAAAGGGACAGGAUAGGGGUUCAGAUGGGAUGUGAGUUUGGAACUGAUAGCAUCUGCUAAUAACUAUGACUAUGUCUCAACAGAGUUGGGCCGGGGGUGAGCGCACUGAAGGUUCAUAAAUAAAAGGCACUCCAAAACCAAGAAAGUCACUUUUGAAUUGGCUGAACCUGAAGCCCAGCUGGUAUUCGCAUUUGCGGGCCAACGUGCAAAGCAGUUAUGUUCAUUCUCUAUCACGUAAGAACACAGACUUCCAGCAAUCUAAAACGUCUUUAAACACACACAUACACGCACCAAAUGCUAAAUGACUAAGCAACUAGCGUUGUUGAGAAAAGGAAUUUAGAACGAGAAUUCUAAAUUGUUUAACAAAUGUGACUCUGAAACAGUCAUGUGUAAGUUUCGCCUCAGUUCCUCUCACACCAGUAUUCCUCAAGCAAGACCGUGAGACCCAGUGUCUUCUAAACAACAUGGCUGUCUUUCUCUUUCGUUGCUCAUCAGAAACUUAAACCGGAAACCUUAGUACUGCCUGGGUUUUCUGGUGGUCAGUAAUAGGGCUCAUCUAACUGUAAGCUCUUGCCUGCUGUGGGGGUUUCCACUCUGAGUGGUAAAUUAGAUAGAACGAGAAUUGGGAGAGUAGGAAUCACCUCCAGAGGCUAAACUGGAUGCCUUUCCAGGAUGCUGUUUAUAAGAAAAGUGUUUUAAUGCCCUUAACAUAGAAGCUGGAUCUUUAGUGCAAGCAGACAUUUGUUACGCAUGGGAAAAGAAAUCACUCCAAAGAUUUAUGUCCUGCUGCUUACUGUUUUCUUUCCUCACCACUAGUCUUUCACUAUGCAGGCCUCUUGCUUUGUAUCUGACCCUUCAUGCUUGCUUACAUUUCAAGAAAAGACAACUCUAUUGUUAUUUUAUUUCAUCUUUCACAAAGGCUGGUGGGACCAGCCUUCUGAAGGAGGUUGAUGAUCGAUGUUAUUUUAGACAGCAUUUGUGCUCAGUGGGCUUGCUGGAAUUCCUGACUAUCUUUUUAACAUACUGAUAGCAAAGUCAGUUCAAAUUAUAGUUUUUGUCACAAGUGAAAGGUUGUCUAAGUAUUUUAAGGGUAAUGCAUAUUGAUUAGAAAGGACUAUAAGGAGAUAAAUUAGGUAGAAAUCAGCCUUGCUUUUGUCAAAAUUGAUUUACGUGACUUUAUUGAUUUUUUAGUUGUAGCGUUAAAACAGCUUCAUAGUUAAAUGUCUUAUUUCUCUAUAAUUCUUUUCCAAUUUUUUCAUCUGGCUUGGAAUGAGCCUAAAGUUAUUUAUUAAUAUAAAGAAAAUUGAAAUUUAAGGUGUCUCUUUAAAAAUUAUCUACCUAUACCAUGUCUUACAGCACACAAAAUCAAAUUCUCACCCUCUUGUCUGGGUCAUGUGCCCCUAAAGUAGUUUGAUUUUCAUCCCUGUAUUGAAGAAAUAUCAAGAGGAAAUUUAUAGCACAUUUUACCCAAUAUGGCUUUGUCCUCAUUUUUAUGCUGGUCACCAAUUUUUCUCCCUUUUCUUAUAAAUGCCAUCAGUAUUCAAAACAAAUUCAAAGAAAUAUAUAAAUUAUAAAGUUUAUUUAAAUAUGAAGAAGAGAAAGUACUCAUUUUUAAGUGAAUUCCCCUAAAGAGGAAAAUAAAAUCUAAAGCUAGGGAAUAAAUUGUUGCCCUUAAAAAAUAGUGUUUAUACUUGAGUAACGGAAUGGUACCCAAAUGGUAUUUGGAGUUGAUAGAUUUUAAAUUUUAAUAGCUGCAAAAGUCAUUUAGGUUUUUUUUUUUCAUCACAAUUUAUCACAGUCUACUGCCAGGAUAUACCAUCGGAACCCUGAUUUGUUAGGCUCUAGUCAUGCCCAACAGGUAGUUUAGGACAGCUUAAUCUUCUUAAAGAUAUUCACAGAGGCCAACUAAGCACGAAUAAUGGGACAUUUGAGAUUAUUCUAUGUUCUUCAGAUUGUACAGGCCUGAGUCUAAGAGAGCUCUCCAGAGGUCAUAUGGCUCGUUCAUCUACCUCUGGGGAGGACUGUCACUCAGGCAUAGCCAACAGCACAGAUACCCGUUUCUUCUUGGCAUCUCUAGGGAAGAUGGUUUCCUUGGCAACACAAUCCAGCUCUUUCAGGUUUCCUCAUGAUAAGAACAUACCUUGGCCAAUCUUUCUGGACGAGGUACCUGGCAACAAUUGUGGUAAUUUGAGCGAUUGUAUUGAAAGACUGUAGAAGAUGAGUUCUCUGUUCAUCUAAUGAUUAUUACAUAAGGCAAUUCUCCAAAUGUCUUAAGAGAACAAAUUUUAAAAGAAAGUGAAGGUACUCGGACACUUAGUAAUGUGGCCUGCUUUUGGAAAUUAAGUAUUAGGCAGCUUUUAUUCUUUUAUAUUUGCUUUUUAAAAAUUACUGUCAUAUCCGUGAGAGUGACUGGUUUAGAUCCCAGUUGAAAACAUCAGAACUAGAGUCAAGUGACUUGACCUUAUGCUGUUCAAUUCUCUGAGAAGUUACAAUUUUAAAACAAGAUGAAAAAGGGCAUAUUUUUCUAUGUGCUUGCUUGUGAACAAGUACCUUCUUGUUAACCUUCCCUUAGCAUAAGUAACAAAUGAGAAUCUGGAUGUUUUCUUCUCCUUCUGGAGAACGUGACUGUGUGAAGAAUUUGAUCAGGCGCCAUUUGAUCCUGGCCUGUGUCUAUGAGGAUCUUAUGUAAACAAUGACUGUUUGUAUUCUCACAAAUCACAAAAGUGAUUUUAAAACUUGUCAUCUUGAAAAGUCCUGUAAACUGAAGGAGUUCUGGGAAAGGGUGAUGUUUGUUUUAGUUUAGUGUUUCCUUUUUUUCUUUUCUUUACCCCGAUGACAUCACUUGCCCCAGACACUCCCUGCAGCUUUCAGCCCCAUUUUCUUUUUGCCUGCAACUCAGAGAGAGCACCAACAGGAAGUUGUGGACCACCCUGGCCGUCAGGGUUUCCUUUCUGCAUCUCAAUAUGGCUGCUUUUCCCCACCUGGGCAUAUAUAUGAAAUGAUAGCCAGUGUACUUGGUCCCCAUGAGUAACUCCCCAUGGGGAAGUGACCCAGUGACACUCUCAGUUAAAAAAAAAAAAACAGAAAAAAGAAAAAAAAAGUUUCUGUAGAAUGCUAGUGUAAUGAAUGGUGAAUAAAAUCUGGCCUAUGUUUUAAUUGACUCUAGGCACCUCAACAGAAAUAAGUCUGAGACAUAGUUUGUGAAACAAGUUUCAAAAGUGUUGAUGUAUAAUAAAUGCUAGACAAUUACAGUACAGAAAUAGUAAAAGGAAAAACCCAAACCUGUAGAUUACAUCUCUGUUCCUAAGAACUCAGCCUUUGUUGUGUCUUAGUAAUGUCUCUCUUUCUCUUUAGUUUACAGCAUUUUGGUGUAAUUGCCUCUUAAGAUAGAACUAUGUACUGAUUAAUGCCUGUUAAUGAAGAAAAGGCACUUUGCAAUUUUAAUGUGUUUCCCUCAGAGUCACAGGGUAUAUGAAUUUGAUAGGGAAGGUCAUUUGGCAUUGGUCAUCAAAACAUUUUCCACAUCUAAAAUCCACAUAUACAAUUGUUGUCACCCUCCGCAGUGUCUUUGUCUUGAUCAUAGUCUUAGGCAUCAACCAUGUCUCCACUUGCAAGCUGCCAUAGGAACUUGGUACAUUUGAAAACCCUGGUAAGAUGUAAUGAACUGUACAUGUGGCUAGAUCACGUGAUCCCGAGGACUCCUGUACCUUCUGUCUGUGUUGAACCAUCCAUGCAUUAGGAAUGGUCCUUUAAGAAAGAUGGUCUAUUGAGGGUACUUGUUUUGGGUGUUUGUUUUUGGGCCUGUUGGAAGCUGGCAGGGGGAAAAUGCAUCACUAAAAACUCAGAAAAGUCACAGCACUAUAACGUACAUUUUAACAUUGAUCGACUGAAUUUUAUCUUUCAACAGAUUUGUAUCAUUCCUUUUACCCAAUAGAUUUUCAAUAGAUAUCUUCAUCACUGUUAUGUGCAUUCUGAUGUCUUGUAAGGUUGAAAGGGAAGAAAAUCAAACUACAAUCCAUACAGUCAUUUUACAGUAUGAUGUCAUGUUGUUUGUCACAGUUUGUAGACUGAUUUUUCUUGUGUACAAGUUAUGACAUCAAAGAUGCCAAAGGGGAUAUGAAAUAAGCUACAAUGAUAUCCAACAGAAUUUAACCUGGACUUUGUGUUGUAAUAAUUUAUUCAUAUUAGCUCUAGUCUUCUGUAUUUAUAUUUUCAGUAUUUAUUAUGAAUGACAUGGAAAUUCCUGUAUUUAUUGUGGCUUUUGUUGCAGUGUGUGUAUGUAUGUAUAUAUAUAUACAUAUAUAUAUUACAAAUAAGCAUUUUUAAGUCUAAUCUUUUAAGUUUCUUUUAUUAGUGGCACUUGUAUUGUGCUGUAUUUUUUAUUAUAUAUUGUACAAUAGCUUGUCCAUUUGUUUGCAACAGAGUAAAACUGGUUUCUAAAUUGUAGAUCCUGUUGGAUUUUUAUUGUUAUCUGUGUAAAACUGAUGUUCUUGUGUCCUAACUGUUAGUGUUUUCUGCCUUCCUUCACACUCGUAUGCCUUCUAGAACACCUGUACCAGGAACUGGGCAGAUAGCUUCCACGGUAAAGUUUGAUCUUCAGAUCCCACAUAAAAGAACUAGGAGUGGUCAGCACACUGGUAAUUUCAGCCCUGCAAAGGUUGAGACAGGUGGGUCUCUGGGGUCACUAUUAGUCUGCCUAGCAUACUUGGUUUUAGGCCAGUGAGAGAUCUUUCCAUUAAAAAAUGAAUAAACAUAAAUAAGUGAAUAGUUCCCAACACAUACAAGCAAGUGUGCACACACACACACAUACACACACACACACACACACACACACACACACACACACACACACAAAAACCACCUCCUUCCAGUGUCACAGAUAACAUUCUUAAAAAACCGUUUCUACAAAAUGGCUCAUUACAUUACUGUUUCGAAGAUGUGUUAACUUUAUGAUGAUUGAUCCCAGAGUGUAAAUGCUUGCCACACUUUUCCUUCUCAGCUUCUCAACACAAUAAUCAAGUAAUGACGUGUAAACAAACAUGGAGACCAAAGGGAACUCAAUGUAAAUGAAAUUUCAGAGGAUGAUUUACAAAAACACACUGUCUUGUGACUCUGUCUUUUAAUUCAAUUGUAUAUGGUUUUUUGUUUUGGUUUUUUGUUGUUGUUGUUGUUGUUUUCUUUUGUUUUGUUUUUGCUUUGCUUAAAGCCAAAAUGGUGUGAUCUUAUGUUGAAAACAUGCACACACAAAGGUUCUCAAAUAUGCCUAUCUGCUUAGAGAUGUUAACUAAAAUAAUCAAAGCAAUUUUAUCAGGAUGAGGACAAAGAAAGAACUCAUUCUUAAAAUCUCAUCAAAUGUAGGGCAUGGCCUUCAAUCUGGUUUCUUAUAUCAGGAUAUUAUAUCUAUAGUCUUGAGAGAUAAAUGAUAUGAAGUUGUUUGAUAAUACUCUAACUUGGGUUUGAUCAUGUUAUUUAAAUAUCUCUCAUCCUUAUCGACAAUAAAAUGAAGUCUAUCUUCUUUGGAAUGCCUUA